GUUCUGAUCUGAUAGAUUAUCCACUGCAAAGUGUAUCGACUAGUCUAUUUAUUCGUGGGAUUACUUCUUCAGCUCAUCGCCCAACUGUCCGACAAAUUCGGCUCAUAUGCCAACGUAUUCGGAAACAGCUGUUCGAUGUUAUCUCCUUCUUUCAUUUCUUCCUACUGGGUCAUGCUUAUCCAUUUAGCUUUGCACUCCAUUCAAGUUGGGCUUCCUAUUAACUUCUUCAAUAGAUUUGGGCGGAUCCAUCGAAUUUAUGUAAUAACUCUUGGGCCGAGAGGUUGCUUUUCACGUCAUUUUGUAGUGUCGUCUGCCAAAUUUAUAUUCACCAUCAUCUUCGAUCGGGCGUUCAUAUGUGCUAAUAAGAGGUUUGCAUUGAUAUCUUCAUCAAUCGAGAAUAUGAUUUUCAUCUGCGAUGAUAUUGUGACGAAUCACCCCCUCCUGAACCACCGUUGUUCCAAGAAGUUGAGAUCACAUGGACUGGUUUCUUUCCGGUGGCUGGCAGAAGCGAAAUAAAUUCUACACUUGACUCCUUACCGGUGGCUGGACAAAUCGGGAUGUUUAAUACGAAGUAGUUUGUUUGAGAAUUAUAUAUUAUGUUCGUAGCAGGAGCUGUCGACCUGAAUGUAGAGUCUAUUUCUUUGCGGGAUUAGCGAUUCAGCUUUUUCAAUUUGAAUCGUCUGUUUAUAUGUCUCAUCUCAUUGUAGCUUUGAGUUUUAUGAUUGUAGUUGUUAUUGGGCAUUUUCCCGAUCGCGCAACGCGCGUUACGUAACUAGUACGAACAUACUAUCCAAGACAGGACAGGUCGAAAAGGAACCGAUUUGGAUUGGAACCAAAAUUACCG